AAGAUGGCGACUGAAAAGGAUCCCCAAAACUUUCACAAAUUGGACAGAAGGUGGACAAAAUGCAGUGUGUUUAUCAGUCAGGAAAAGCCAAACACAACCCAGCCUGUGAUCUUCAACCCGGACUUCUUUGUGGAGAGGUUGAGACACGAACAUCCACAGGCCUUCGCGGAUCUGAUACUGAGCAAUAUCACUCGACUCAUAGAUCUUCCUGGGGAUGAGUUUGCCCAGCUCACGGGAGAGUCGGAGCCGAGAAUACCAUCCUCCAGUAGCUUCCUGCGGUCCUUCAACUUUCUCAAACGGAAAGACAAAGGAGUAGUUUUUGGUGCCCCGUUAACCGAAGAAGGAAUAGCACAGAUCUACCAGCUCAUUGAAUACCUGAGCAAAAACCUUCACGUAGAGGGGUUGUUUCGUGUGCCAGGCCACAGCUUAAGGCAGGCAGCCCUAAGGGAGAUGCUGAACACUGGAGCAGAGAUAGAUCUAGAGACAGGCGACUUCCACCCCAAUGAUGCGGCGACAUUGCUCAAAGCCUACCUGGGAGAGCUGCCAGAGCCUCUGCUCACGCACAGACACUAUCGUGCUCACCUGAAGAUUAGAGAGUUGGCUCGCUUCGAUGAUAAAGGGGAUAAAACAAAUGUGCCAGAUAAGGAACGACAGAUUGAGGCAUUCCAGCUGCUUUUUAUGCUGCUUCCACCGGCCAACCGCAGUUUGUUGAAGCUGCUGCUGGACUUACUGUACCACACUGCCCGCAAUCAGCACGUCAACAAGAUGUCUGCUAUCAAUUUAGCCACAAUGUUUGCUCCACACAUCAUCUGGCCCAAAAAUGUGACGGCAAGUGAUCUUCAGGGGAACUUAGAGAAACUGAACAAUGGUGUCGCGUUUCUCAUCAGGCAUUCACAAAAACUGUUCAAGGCACCCGUGUAUAUCAAAGAAUAUGCUCGCUUAUACUUCACAGGAUCAAAAACCCUUCAGUCAAAUGAUGACUUGAGUCUCUAUUCUGGGAUCAAAGAUGAACCUAUAGCUGCUGCGACAGCUGCUUCCCCUUCUCCCUCCAUGAGAACAAUCACAAGUGAGGCGAGCAGCACCUGCACCAGCAGUUCGUCUGACACUCAGAGUUAUACUGAAUCUGCCCUCAGAGAGCUGUACCAGCAGGUCAACAACAUGCCGGAGUCUGCCAAAAAAAAGAAACUCAUCAAACAGUUUGAAAAGCAGCCUGCGCUGACACCUUCGGCUGACUCUCGGACACCAUUUAGCAGGAAACACUGGCGUUCGCGCUCCUUGGGUGGAAUUAUCAAGAGGAAGGUGCUGGGAAGCCAAAUAUUAACGGAGAAAGAAAACAGCAGACUUCAGAAUCCUCCACCCAGCUGUUCAAAUGAUGGACAGGGAAGAGAAGGCACCACCUGUGGAGCUGAAUAAUUGUCUUUAAAAGAACAUGCUCCACACAACUGGGAAACAGCAGUAUGACUUUUAUGUAAAAGGACCAUCGUGAGACUUCAAGCGUAUUGCACUGUACAGUUUUGUUUAGUUUCGUUGACACAAUGUUAAAAAUGUGUUUGUUAAUUUUGUCUUCUAGGCUUUUUAUCUCAAAGUUUAAGACACAAGUUAGUCAGACAACCAAAUCAAUCAAGUAUAGUGCAUUUUUCUAAAGAUAAGGGACAUAAAUGGAGUUAAUAGACAACAGUUAGCGUGUGGACAUACUUCAUUUCACCUUAUUUCAAUUGGACAAUUUUCUUCCCUAUUUUUCAAGAGCUCCCUCUUUAUUUCUUGUUCACUGAUGGAGCUCUUUACUAUGCAAGAGGCAUGCAUUUGCAUCAGUGAAUGUUGGGGUAUUUAGCUUUAUUACUGAUUGAAAUGCAUUUAUUUAAUUUGCAAAGCUUAUCGUAUUUAUUUUUCACUUGUCUUCUGGAUGUUUUAAUGGUCUUCAAGCCCUGAAUCUAGCGCAUCCGAUGUAGUGACAAAGUGUGAUAUGCAGGUUUUUCUAUUUAAAUAUUAAAUUUGCGUGUAAGCUUUAGUAAGUUUAGAUUGCUCAAUGUCGACCAAAAUGAGGAAUUCAGAGAUGUGCCUUAAAGUGAAUAUAUCUUAAGUUACUGUAUAAUUGAAGCUUUAUUUACCAUAAUUAUUUGUCCUUCCCGAAUAUGCUGAAAUGUUUUGAAAGAAUUGACUCAUGUCAGUAAAUACUAAGAAAGUGAAGAACAGAGGCAGAGAGAGACGAGUAAAAGACCAAAACUUGUUUACAUUGUAUGCAUAUUUUUGUCUUUGUUUCCACUUCAGUGCAGAUAUUGGGUGUCAACACUGUGAUACUUUAAACUACUGCUUCUUUAAACUAUAUUGUGAUUUUCUUAGAUUCCUAUAGUUUUUCUCAGGCUAAGUUUGAACUCUUUUGCAACGUAUGUACACAAUUUAAUAGCUUUAGAUGUGCUUUUAUCUUUACAGUUAUUGUGCAAAAUUUUAUUGGUUUUUUUUAUACAUAUGUUUUUAAAAUCAGCUUUUAAUAGGUGGCUGAAUGCAAACAAAGAUGAAUCUUUUUGACUUCUGUUGUGACUGUUACUCCAAGUGUUUUAUGGGAGAGUUUUAGCCAAUGCCACUUUUUAAACCACCUUGUUGUCUUACUCUUUCAGUAACACACCGCAAAGCUGUUACAAUUUACCUGUAAUGUGACUAAUUGCUAUAUGGUUUCCUUCACUGACCAUGUGAACAGAUUAUAUUGGCGCUACUGUGAAGCUAUGCAACUCACUGUAAUUAAAAGACAUCAAGCUGCA